AUGUUUAUACACUUCCCAAGGCGGGGAAUCGCUGUUAUCGACAAUGGACAUUCGCUUCUUCCUCCUCGAACCAUAACGCAGCUGCCAUCUUCGCACUGGCCCAAACCAGCAACCAAGCCCAAAGAGCCCUCUUGUAUUUCUCCCUCGCCGCCGUGGCAGCGGCGCUCUCCACCCAUCACACCGGGACCUCCUCCAAGGCCGGCCGAUGCUGGCAAGCGUUUUGAGCCUGACCCCGACGUGCGUCAAACCAUUCAGGAUCUGUUCGAGCAGAGUUGCUAUACUAUCUGCCUCGAGAAGCUCCCUAAUACUAGGCCGGAGCAGGAUUAUGGCACGAAGUUUUGCCAUGUCUUCCGUGUUGUUACCAAUGGAAAACUUCCAUCAUUGACACCUUGCGUACUUUUGAUGGAAGAGGAAUGUCCAGGCCAAAGUCGUGCCCGCCAAGGAUAUAUUUUUCUCCUGAACACCACUAUAUCCUUCAAGUAUCCCUAUCGUCAUCAUAAACAACGAGAAACGAUAAGCACAGCUCGAGUCUUCAUAUCAUGUGAAAUACUCAUGUCUACUGACUCAGCAUUGCUCUCUUCGGCCGUCUCUUCUGUAACCGUGUUUACUACAUGCAUUGUCACACGAAAAUCAAAUGUUGGUUCCACCCCAUACGAACCAAGAAACGAAGAAACCACACACUCUUAUUCAAACCACUUUUUGGAACGGCACACUAUCGUCUCCCCGGGGCUUUUUACCAUGAAGCGACCUGAGAGAGACUACCCGGGAACGCCCCUUUUGUGGACCACCUUUUGCCAACUUCACAAGCAAAGCGCAUCCAGGACACAGAGCACCCAACUAACACAUUGCGUCCGACCCCUCCCCUGCGAUCGUUAUGCGCAAGCCAAUAAUUGCCUCGGAGGCAAAUCGAUCCCCUACGCUGCAAAGAGCAUGACGAAGAAUACGACUCCGGGUGCGGAGCCCCCUUCGACGCGCCAGACCGCACAACCUCAGUGGCCGUACAAUUGACCGCAAGUUGAGACAUCGUCAGUGACUCAGAGUCCGCGACAAGACGACGUCGAAUCAUCCAGUCAACG